UAGCGAGUGGUGGGUCAGCAAACGUCAAUACCCAGAGCAAUGAAAUGCUCUGACAUUUCGAGAGCCAAAUUAUCAUUGGGCGACGGCAUUCGCAGAACAUUGUAGAAUCUGACACUUUAUCUAUGGAGGUCAACACCACCACCACCAUCAACUGUGUUUAUUCAUUCUGACGAAGGCUAUGGCAAAGCAGAUGAUGUAAGCCUCGUCUGUCACAACAUGCACGAAUGCUCCGUGAAACAGUUACAUAAAGAAAAGACCGCUGAAUUGAGACCAAUUGGCGUGAUAUCCUGUACAAAUUAGCCGACGUCAGGCGUCCCCUGCUGACAGAGCGUGCUCUAUCAUCACAAAGACAUCAACCAAGAGUUCUUAGAGUUUCUUACAUUCUUGUAAAGCCACUUAGCACGCGUAGCGUUUCGGGCUACACCUCAAGCUGGCCCCCCAAGUCUCAGGUCGUACAAGUGAAGCGAAAAUAUUCAAGAAGGUUUAAUUAGAAAGACAUUCGCGAGACAAAUUUGGCGAGGCAGGAGCGGGAGGUUUGAACAUGGCAGAGGCGCGCGCUGCUGUUGCCAUGAAUGACUCGGCCGACGCCAGCUUUGAAGGCUUUCCCUCGGACUCUGUCGAUUUGAGGGAGUUAAUGGAUAGACUGAAUAAGUUGGAACUAAUUCAGUCGCAGCGGCGGAAGAAUAUUGGGGAUUUACAGGAGGAGAGCGAGUUUGUUGAGAGUAAAGUGAAGAGUUGUGAGCAGUGCCCCCAGGUUAUACUAGAUACACUUGUGAGUGUUGAGUCGACUGUGGAGGGUUCCUCGGGUGGGAAGGAAGACCAGGAAUUACACCAAGGGAAGGAAAGAAGUAAUAAGUUGACAUCUGAGGUUUUGCUCAAAAAGAUGCCUACCCAAGCAGAGAUUUUUGCAGAGCUGGGUAUCCCUGGAGGGGUGGAGGCUUCGGCUGGUGUGGGUGGAGGGGCAGCUAUUAAUGCCGAGGAGCUUGGAAAUGAUUCCACCAUGGAGGAGCUCUGGGCCAUGAAGGCAAUGGAACAUUCAGAAAUUCAUUUUAAUCUCCUGUGUGCAGUUGAUCCUAAACUGCUGAGGCUUACCCCAAAGGAUGAUGUCAUCUAUAGUGCCUUCAGAAAAGAAUUUCCAGAUUUUAAUGUUGCAAAGUUGGAGGAAAAAGAUCUCAAAAGUUCAGAAGCAAAGGAGAAAUGGAGACCAUUUUGUAUCGCCUUUGAGAAGGAAAUUGAAGACUAUAGUUUUGCCACCCUUGUGCGCAUAGACACCAAUGAUGAAUAUUCUGAAUCGAAUACAAUCCUUGUUACUCGGAUACAGUUUUUCUGUAUAGAAAUUGCUCGCAACAGGGAGGGACUGAAUGACGCUAUUAGGACACAGUUCAAGCCCAAGCCUCGUUCCAAGAAGACACAGCAGUGACAACAGGACUGGAACUAAUUCAGAUUACAGUACUGUAGGAAAAUGUACAGUAUGUUCGAACCUUCUUAAAUAUUCUAUUAUUUAGCGCUAUGAAAUUAUGAGAUGACCGAGUAUUAUCUUUAAACUUCUCAGCAUGGGAGAGUUCCUACAUGAUAAAUGUGCCUUUUCUUAUUACACGAUGUGCAUCUUUUAACUGGUGAACCAGUAAAAUACUCGCCUGAAAUGUGUUUUUCCCAUAAUUUAUAUUUUAUAUUUUUGUACAAUUGUAAAACCUACAGUAGGUUAGGUUAUUAAGGUUGUUUUGAUGUAAUACAGAUAUGGAGUUACUGUACUGAUAUACUGAUGUAUAAAUACAUGUCAUGACAUGGAAUUUUACUGGUAUAGAUGGAGGUACUGGAGCUUCAACCAAGGACAAUUUAAAUGCAAAGUGAAUGCUAAUAUUUUUUAUUGUUGCUGCUGCAGGCAGCUACUUUAUUUUACACACCCAUACUCAUCCUGUGGGCGGUAGUGCAGAAGAGAAUUACUUAGGACAGUCUUAAUCAAACCUUGACAGAGUUCUUUAUAUUAACAAUUACAUAUAACACACACCUUGUAAUUAAAAUGACAGCUAAGUAUAAACUUUUGCAUUGCAGCAUUUAUGUAUUUACUGAAGUGAAAUCUGAAAUUCUUGCAUUGUAUCCAUAUAUAUUAUCAUUUUGUAAUAGGAUGGUUUGCCAUUUCAUGCUGUGUGAGCUUAGCUUUAUCUCUAAAUGGCAUACUUUACCCAGUUGUGUUUACUUGGGACACACCUAUUGUGUGUCCCUGUCUUUGUCCAUUCACUAUGUAGGUUCGCUGAUAAUAAAUAUGUCAGAUAAAUGGGAUUGACUAAUGAGCAAAGUGCAGUAUAUUGGUCCAUAAAAUCAAGGUUUUAUUGAAAUUGAUUUAAGAUAUUGCAGCAAGAAUAUAGAAUAUAUUUGUGGAUCCAAUGAAUGUUGGAUAGAUUCCAAGAGCAGGUAUGGAUAAUUACUUGUUGCAAGGGUAGAAGAGUUUUCAUUAGAACUCUACUAUAGAAAUGGAUUUAUUUGUUCAAAAAAUUAAACCUUUUGGUAGAUUGUCAGUUUGUAAACUAGAGUACUGUAUACUUUUUGUUAUGCCUUGUGAGAGUACGGUAUAGGAUUUUUCAAUUUACAGUAGCAAACUUUGUUUCCAAAAUGACACCAGCAGUUUGACUGCAAUUAGCAUGUCAAACUGCAAAGAAACAAAAUUCCUUGCACAGAAAGAAAGGUGGGCUUUUUGAAUAAUUUUAUAUGAUCAUUUUUAAUAAUCAUUAAUCUGAUGAGUCCAUUUUUGUAUACAUGUAAGUGUGGCUUCUUUGGUAAUUCCUGAAUUUCCAUGAACAUAAACAUGCUGUCUUUGUUGUGUGUAUUGCUUAUUUCUAGAUGGCAAAACAGAACAGUUUUUAAUCUGGUCAUGAGAACUGUCUUCUUCCAGCAAUAGAUUAACCUAUCACUUGGGAGAGCUAAGGCAGGUACAGUAUUUGUGUUCCAUCUCUGAUUUGGAUAUUGUAUUUUAUAUUGUUCUCUGCUAACUUUGGAUAGAUGACUGGCAGACAUAUGAUCCCCAGAACAAUCACAUUGUAUGUAUAUCUCCAUGGCUUUUUUCAUUUUCUUUUUUUUUUUUUUACCCCUAUAUAAAAAAAAAUUUUGUCCUAGUUACAUAUUGGCUUAACUCAUUGUGCUUACAUGUAUACUGUAUUUGUGAUAGACAACUGUAUCCCCCCCAAUUAUCACGAUAAAGAUACUGUCUGAUUCUUAAUCCUUCAAUAUAGAUGCAAUUUUGUGCUCAUGUAUAGGCAUUCUAUGUACAGUAAUGUGCAAGAUUUUUUUGAUUUUCUGGGAGGGCCUCUUCAGCAGUUUGAGAGCUACCAAGUACCCCACCAAAAUAGGGCAUUUCAUUGGUUAAAUGCUUGAUUUGUGACGUUAGUAAUAAUUAGUAUUCUUGUACUGGUGUAGUACUCUAGAGAGUGUAAUUACUUCAAACAUCAGUAAAAUGGGCAUGCAGUUGAGCUGUUCACUUUAUCUGAGACUGGAUUAGAUGAAAAUGUUUAACUCCUGUAGUUAUGGUAACUUGUCAUAUUACUCCAAGAGUGUUGUCAUUCGACAUUUUCCUGUGAGAAUGUCGACACCAGUGUUUGAGGUGUGAUCGGUGAGCGAGACAUCUCAUGUCAGCGAGAGUAACCUGGAAACAAAAAUAUGAUUGUUAAUAAUUGCGAAAAAGGGCAUUUAAUUUGUUAUAGUCCAGUUUAAUUCGGGGCACUUAAUGGAGUGCCGCCCUGCUCUUUAUUGUCUGAACUGCAUUGUCCCUCUUACGGUUGUGCAGAUCCUUGCUGAAUGUCCCGACUUUUGAAUAUCCCACAGUUUUGACGGUGCUACACAGCCUCCCUGACUUGAUUUCUUUUGAUAAUUACUUGCUGUAAUUACUCAUUGUGUGUGUGAGAGAGUUGUGAAACCUAGACACUAUUUGUACUUGUUAGUAUAUACCCUACAGAAUGUGCCAUUUUAAGCAUUCAGACAGUAAUUACUUCAAAAUUACAGGUAUUUUACUAGAAAAUUAAGAUUGUAUAGAUGCAUUUGGUUAGAUGUUGACUGGUAAUUAUUAACAGAUGCAGAAUACAUUGAUACUAAGGUUAAGAAUGAUAGGAACUUGUCAUAAAGUACAUAGAGAUAUCCAUUUAGUUAUGCAUUCAAAAGCAAGUUGUUACUGUAUCGUCAGUAAUAUUAAUGAAAUAUUUAGGAUGUUUUCAAUGAAAGCUUAAAUUUUUGUAGGAACACACCUUCCUGGGGGAAAGGGGGGAAAAUCCUGCUGAUAUUGUAUCGAGGGGAGAAAAAUCUGUUAAUAAAAUAUCAAUAAGAUUCCACUCUUCCCCCCCCCCCCCCCCCAUGGAAGCAGGUUCUUAGAAAAACUUAAGCUUUCAUUAUAAACAUCCAAAAUAUUUCCUUAAUUAAUGAUACCGUAUGUAGAUUUUGAUUAUGUAUCGACUUUCUUCAUUUUCCUGCAAUUUGGAUAUAUAAAACGUUUAUGGUGUUAUUGUAAUGUAUAGCAUAAAUAAAACAUUUCAACA